AUGUUUUAUGAAAAUUUAAUACCUUAUUAUUCACCGUACGAAGAACAAGUUCUUCUUCGUCAAAUGAAUAAUACAUUUAAUCAACACAAACACCACCACCACCACCAACAACAAUAUAAACAGCAUCAACAAGACUCUUUUUAUUAUUUUGAUAAACGAAAAGAGUAUACAUCAUCAUCAACAUCAUCUUUAAUAAAUUCAUCUCUAUUAAAUAAUCCACCACUUUCUUCUUCAUCACCAUCAGUCUUUCCAACAUCAACUAAACAACCAAUAUCGAAGAAGGUUAUUACUUCAGAUGUUGAUGCGCUAUCAUUUUGUCAUACAAUCUAUGUUACAAUUAAAAAAAAUCUUAAUUCACCAUCUUGUACAUCACCUAAUUAUACUCAUCAAUUGCCUGGAGAUUCUCAGUUGCUUCUAUUACCCGACAUCUGUUGUACUAUACCAGCAAGUAAGUUGAGAACUUAG